AUGUCUAAAAGCCUCAGCUCGCCCUGCACUCUGGACAGUGCGGGCGACCCGGCACCCAUGAAGUCGCCGAAGGCCGACGAUGGGCAAGAUGCCACACCGCCUGCUGAUCUUGGCUUGGGCGUCAAUGCAGUGGAAGAGCAGCAACUGGCAAACGUGCGCACUGAGCAAUCUUUCGCCCCCUUCGAGGGAGGCCGUCCUAUGCAACCUGAAAUUACGUGGCUCGAGACAAAUCAGCAGCAGCUGACGAAGGCUACGCGAACAGCUGAAGAGCUCCAGUACUUAUUGGAGGAAGAGCGUGCGAGGAACGCAGAAAUGCGCAUGCAGUACGAGAGGCAGCUUAAGCUGAUCCGCAACGGAAUUCAGAAGGAGAAACGCGACCUCAAGCAGACGUUGGUUCAGCAGGUCGACUUUAUCGUUCGGAAAUACAGAAACCUUGCAACAGAGGCAGUCGAAACGGCGCGUCAAGAGCGUCAAAGAGUGCAAACCGAGCGCAUAAAAGCCCGAGAAUUGGCUGAAACCGCUUGCAGAAAUUUUGAAAAAGAUUUGAAGGAAAGAACGAGGAAAGCUCUGGAAGAAUACCGUCAACUGGCUCAAGAAGCUCACAAAGCAGCACAAGCUGAGCGCGAAGAGCUCCGCACCAAAUGGCAAGAAGCGGAAAAGAGAAUUCAGUGCUACAGGCUCAGCCACCAGAGUAUGAAGGAGCAGCUUGAGAGGGAGCGGAGGCAAUUUGGGCAGAUGAUGAGCGAAGUAGCGCAACGGGUUGAGAAGGAGUGCAGCGAAUACGACACUGCCAUGUUAAAGGCAGUGGCAGUGUUCUGUAAAACAAAGGGUGUAGACGUUGACGAGUCAACUCUUCGACAACAACUCGGAGACAUUCGUAUUCAACGUUUGAAGGAAGCUGGUCAAGAUCCCAAAGUUGAGAAGGAGUGUAGCGAAUACGACACUGCAAUGUUAAAGGCAGUGGCAGUGUUCUGUAAAACAAAGGGUGUAGACGUCGACGAGUCAACUCUUCGACAACAACUCGGAGACAUUCGUAUUCAGCGUUUGAAGGAAGCUGGUCAAGAUCCCAAACAACAAAACCAGCGCCCACUAACCGUCAAAUACGGCUUCCAAGCAAUCACGCCCGGGAGCAGCUGA